UUCAAGAGGCUUCUGAAAACAACCACUCAGGAAGAGAAGUCUGAGUGGACAGACCAAGCUUCAGCGGGGAAGAUGAUUUGGUUUAUUUAUUUCGGACGCAGACAGAGCUCGCGCUUCGGGCAGCGACGAAGGUGGAGCUGGGCGUCGGGUGCCGACGGGAAGACCCCGCAAGAGGACGCAUCGCCUCGCUACUACCGCAACCACCGAGCAGUGUUUUAGCCACGAAGCCACCGCCUCACCAUGCGGCUCAUUAGACGCAGCCGGGCAAGUCUGGGAGACACGUUCUGGCGUUUUGAGUGCCACGAAGGACACAGCGUGUCGGCGGGCAGGCCACCCGGAAACUCUUAGACAUUGCUGGGCAGCUGCACAUCAAGACGUAAAGGCUCUGCUGCCUCUUACUAAUCAAAGUGAGAGAGAGGGAGGAAAACUACGAUAAUUAGUCAAUCAUCGACCGUGUGUAUGCUUCUAUCGUGUGUGUAUGCUGCGCGCCAAACAAUCUUCUUUUCAUCGUCAUUAUUGCCAAUAGACCAGUCGUGAUCUCCUCUGCUAAGAGUCACCGCCAAAGCUCAAGCGUUCGACUCAAGAGCACCCCUUCCAAUUCGUGCCUGGGUUUGUCGGCACGUCAAGUUCAAACUUUUUCGUGCGCAUUGCUCAAGAAAACGGCGCAUGCCACGAAGUGGAGACAAAAAGUGCCAGUCGGUACAGAGCUUCCUCGAAGGCCCUGAGUACUCGGAGGGGACACUCUGAGCUUCCUACAAGUGGAUAGUCAUCGGUUCCAUUGGUACAAGCCAAGUGUUCUGUUUAUCGCAUUCGCUAAACAGGAGGCACUUCCCUUGAAGCUUCUAAAAGCAGCAGCGUAACAACAUCCCGAAGAAAGCCGAUCAGAAGUCGAUCUGUUGUUGUGGCGGCUGUUUCUGGGGCGUACAACGACAAAUGACUUUUCUUCUUUGGCGAUCGCUGACUAAUGGACCGGAACGAGGCUAGCGGGCCUAACUGAAGAAAGGCACAAAAUCUGCACGAACAACCAUCGCGCUUUGGCAGUCCCUCGAGGGGCGGAGACGGCGCCAAGAAAAUACGCCUCAGCGCUCCUCUCCCGGCAUCGCGCAACAAAGCCGCCAGGCUCAUUGCAGAAGCCGAUCUAAACAUCUUCCAUUCAACCCAGCCGAAGCUCUCGAAAAUUGUCGACGACAACUAGACGAGCCUUCUUUGUUGGCACCGGCUCUUCCCAAAUGCGCUCCUUUUCGUUCUUGCGAUUCGUUCGCAGGCUUUCUUUUUUCUUUACCCAUUCAAAGUAAAAAUCCGAUAGAGUUAAAAGCCGAACUGUCGUCUCGCUUAAUUCAUUGUUCUCCAGAAAAGGCGAGUUUCUUCUCACACAAACGUCGCGAGUGGUGCUUUUUGUUACUUUACCCGUGUUCGUGCUUCCCGCUAGACAGUGUGCGUGGUGUUAGAACUCGCCCGAGGGUGUGCCGGCCGCGAGACGUCGGGUCUGCACCCGAGCCAAGGCCGUCACGCUGUGGACUCUAUACACGCUCCACCUGGUCUCGCAACCAGCUCGAGCAGCCGCAGCUGCCGCAAUCGGAGCGCCGGCGAGCCGAGACCCCGCGGGAGGCAGCAACGCCGGCGGCAGCAGCGCACCGCCGACACGACAGUCGAUCCCGCUGCGCGAACUGACUCCGUUCGACGUGCCGUUCGUGCCCGUCCCCACACCGCCGCCGCGUCGCGCCAAUAACCAACUGCCAAAUCGCGGCUGCCUAACGCUGAGCCAACGGCCGUACUCUACGCUAAACCGCCACGCCACGUUCGCCGAACCCGUGGCAGAAAUGGCGGGGACUAGCAGCAGCGGAGGCGGUAGCGGCAGCAGCAGCGUCCAGCCCCCGCGAACGCUGCCCCCGACGCCCCGCUUCAAGAGCUUCAGCUCGUCUUGCCUGCACAGCCCGACGACCGAGCUGCACACGUACUCGGACGUGUCGCCCACAGACUUGGCGACGACGCCCACGUGGCAGGAGCGGCCGGCGUCCCGCUUCGUGUUCUCCAUCUCGCCGCCCAGGGCCUCCUCCUGCCUGGGCAACCAGAGCCCGCAAGAGUACCGGCCCCUCUGUGCGGCGUCCGGUGAUGGUGAACGCGCCAGGGGCGGCAGGGGUGUGCGUGGCGGAGGCCUUGGCACAGCGACCAAGGAGGACGAAGAUGAGGACGUGAGUCGCAAGGCGCGCUGGAUCAUCAUCACCACCGCCGUGUCGCUCUUUGUGAUGAGUGUGCUGCUGGUGGGCAUCAUGCUCCGACUGGCUCCCGUCAUCGACGACCUCGUGAGGAAAGAGAACGAAAACCUGUUCCGGCUUCCGACGUCCACGGCCGCCACCACCACGACGGGAGCCGCCGUGACGGCGACGGCGACCACAGCGUUCGCGUCGGACAACGCGACGCUGACCGCACCGACGGUGGCCGUCGGCUGACCCCGCCGCCUGGCCCUGACCUAUGGAUGGCCUGAGUGCCACCACCACCACAAUCGCCACAGGAGAUGCUCGUUCCUGUUACGGGACGACGUCGGGAAGAUUCGGAAAUGACCGCCGCGAAAUGCUUCGCGGUUUAGCUGAGGUUCGUCGCCUCAGACGAGGAAUGUGCGGAAUACAUGUAUAGCUUGACCAAACCUGGUUUCGCGUGUGCAGCGGCGGAGAACUGGAACAUUAGUAGCACACUGGCUACCUGUCAGAAAUCAUCCCCAUCUCCCGCUAUCGCAGGGAUUCACACGAUAUAAUCGUAUACUCGUCUUCUUACUUUUCUUUCUGAGUUUAAUUUUAACUUCAAGCUUUUAUCUUACAAAUCUGCAUAGUCAACCUUCCUAUUCUGAUCAGUUUCUUUUUUUUCCUGUUCUCUCAAAAUCGCAUUGAUGCCUGUCGCUUAUUUGUACGUGCCGUGCGUUUUAUACAGGCAAGUUGUUCUCACUUCCUCAAGUCACAUUCACUGAAUCCCUCAGUCACUUACUCCUUCAUGACUUUGAACCAUUGUCCACUGUGAAGGCUCAACGUGUUUCAUCUUCUUAACGAGAUUAUUCUUUAAUCAAAGCAGGAGCAAGAAUGCAUUGGAAGUUACACUGUCUUGUUUAACUGCAGCUGUGACAAAACAGAAAGACAAACUCGUUUCACAGCAGAGUCCUAUAGGGUAGCACUUGUAACUGCGUUACUGAAAAAAAAAAAAAAAAAGGUAUUUUCACUUCGGAAAAGAAGCCAAUUUAUUCUUUCUUUUUUGUAAUUUCCCUAUUCAAAUUCUAACCACGCGCACCGUUUAUUCCACGAUGCCAGAAAGUCAACCUAUCGAACAACGAUAGCUUGAUUUGAGGGGAUGAAAAAGGCUCUGCGAAGUGCGAAAUUUUUCAUCCUCAUCAUCUCUUACCCAUUCUUCACCGCUGACCACACGAAAUCACGGAGCACACGUGAAACGCGUUGCUCAAAAUGGCGUCCGCGUUUAUCUUUAGAGAGAACAGUUGUGGCAUCGAACUCUCGUGUAGUUGCACGAAGCUCGGCCCGUACAGGGCACCCUUGGAAGCGCCGACUUCGACAACUCGGCAGACAGACAAGCAACUCGGCAUCAGUCGCCAAACAAGCAGCGGCGUGGUGUCUCGGCUUCAACGCCAACCCGCACACGGCGCCGUCUCCAUUGACUGGAGCCACCAGUGGGUCAAGGCGGCAGUGUGAAAGACGGACGCCGUCACUACGGAGUUGUUCUUUUUUUUUCUGUCUGUCUUUCGUUCUUAAUUUUCCCUCUCGGUGAGUCAUUUCGUGUAGCACUGCUCAGUCCACGCGACAGCGAGUCGAAAGUGAACCUACCGCGUGUCUGUCUGACCAUGUAUUGUGUUUUCGUUGUGUCGUUGGUGUUUGCGCUCCAAGUGCAGAUGAAAAGAGAAGAUAGAGAACACAGAAGGGACCAUGAAUGAAGCGUUGAAACUAAACGUGACGCAGUUGCGUUUAUUAACACUUGGAGAGUGCUCGGUGUUUUGUCAAAGCCUGGACGGCACACCUUUUAUCUUCGAAACGGUAGUUACGACUUUCUGGAUGUCGUGAAUGUUAUUGGUCGCAGCAAGAAUACGCUAAGUGCUGAACUCUUUACAUUCGUGAGACCGCAUAAUACUUUCUGACUUCGAAUAUAGUAUUGGAGUUCUGUGCGAGAUAAAGAGCUCAGUACUUAGCUUAGCAGUCGCUGUGAAGCUCAGUAGUCGCUAAUCUCUACCAUUUCCAUGGCUGCGAGACGUAUUAUUGUUUAUUUCGAUUUGUUUGAGCUCUCUUUUUCUAGAUAACCUACAAACGUUUUCAAACGUUGAGGUAUCGCAAAACACAUCAACAAUUUCCAAGAAGUUAUCAGUCCAUAAACCAUACCCCACCGGCGUCAGCAGUCAUUCAAACACCUUUAACGGCGUUCACGACUUCACACAGACACACCUGGCGCAUUUAAUACCAAUACCAUUGGCUCAAUUUUCUAACCAGAACUAUGUACGUCUUAAUGUAGCGGUCUGUUUUAAUGUCAACCUGAAUAUCGGCGGGAGAGUGGAAAAAUUCCCGAAUCGGUGCUUCAAGGAGAGAAUAGGCACAAAAUACGCUGUUAUGGCCCACAGCACUAAGUUGAACAUGCCUAAAAUCACGAAAGCAUCUCGUGUGUGACAGCAUGGUUAAAACAGGCAUUACCCUUCAGCAGCUCUCUAAUUCAUAUUCACUGAGUGUAUGUGCGCAAGAAACUGGACACUAAACUUUUUUUUUUUUACUCCUUUCCUACAGGUGCGGGCCCUGCAAUGCUUUAUAAGUUUAGGCGACUUUGACGCAUUGCUCAAACCAGUUCAAAACGCAGGAUCUUCUUUCAUGGUCCCUGGGAAGCGGCGAAUCUAUUCGCGCAUGUUAACGUGUACAGAUAAGACGAGUGGUAUUACUCAUUGUGUGACAGAGUGAGCAGUGUGACAAUGUUUAGUGAUACCAUAUGUAGAUCUUACGAAAUUUCGUCAACUCUUGAUCGUCUUGCAGUGGGUGAUAGUUUGUUUUGUAGAGAUUGUAUACAGUGUUUGGUAGAGACAUACUUAUGGCCUGUAUUAAAAUGCGAUCUAUAGGUAGAGCCGGAAUACGAGCAGCAUUGACUUGAACGUUUUCUCCUAAAGCGCACGCAAAAAUGAUCAUAGUUGCGUGACGACGAAGCAGAAAACAAGUAUUAAACCAAGCUCACAGCUAGCAAAAA